AAACCUUUCCCCUUCCCCCCCCGCAGCCCCCUGGAGCGCCUGGCCUUGGACCAAAUCCUUGGUUUCAUCCUCAACGUCCCCUCCCACAUCUCUCUGGGUUUCCUUUCCCUCCCGUUCCGCCGCCAGCACUGGUUGGCAGUCAGGCAGCUGGGGGGCAUUUAUUACAACCUCGACUCCAAACUCCGUUCUCCGGCGCCCAUCGGAGGCGAGGAAGAACUCAGGGUUUUCCUGAGGGAUUUCCUCUCCCAAGGCCUCUGCGAAGUCUUCCUCGUCGUCCCCCGUGCCGUGGAGGAGGCAGGAGCGUGGCUGAGCCCCGAGUGACAACAACCACCUCGUGCCACUUCGGCUUGAAACUGUCCCCUUUUUUUUGGGGGAGCGUUGCUCUGAAUCUGGAUGGGGUUGGGGUGCCCCUUUCACCCCCCCCUACCCCUUCCCCUCACUCCCCUCCCAACCACCGGCUGUUGUGGGGGCUUGGAUUUCCUGAUUUCGCCCCAAUUCUGUGCUUCCCCGUGGCACCGACUGUGUGACGACGGUGGUGCUUUGGUUGUGUGGCUCCUGGCUGCUCUGCGUGUCACCCUCCCUGCUGCCUGUGUCACACCUUGUCACCCACGGCGGCGCCCCGCUGGUGGUGGAUGUCACCCUAUGGAGGAUGUCACCCUAUGGAGGAUGUCACCCUAAGGAGGAUGUCACCCUAUGGAGGUGGAUGUCACCCUAUGGAGGAUGUCACCCCAUGGAGGAGGUCACCCUAUGGAGGUGGAUGUCACCCUAAGGAGGAUGUCACCUGGAGGAGGAUGUCACCCUAUGGAGGAGGUCAUCUGGUGGCAGAUGUCACCUCAUGGAGGAUGUCACCUGGAGGAGGAUGUCACCCCGUGGUGGAUGUCACCCUAUGGAGGAUGUCACCCUAUGGAGGAUGUCACCUGGAGGUGGAUGUCACCCCGUGGAGGAUGUCACCCUAAGGAGGAUGUCAUCCUAUGGAGGAUGUCACCUGGAGGUAGAUGUCACCUGGUGGCAGAUGUCACUCUAUGGAGGAUGUCACCACAUGGAGGAUGUCACCCUAUGGAGGAGGUCACCCUAUGGAGGUUGAUGUCACCCUAUGGAGGAUGUCACCUGGAGGUUGAUGUCACCCUAUGGAGGUGGAUGUCACCCUAAAGAGGAUGUCACCUCAUGGAGAAUGUCACCUGGAAGUUGAUGUCACCGUAUGGAGGUGGAUGUCACCCUAUGGAGGAUGUCACCUGUUGGCAGAUGUCACCCCAUGGAGAAUGUCACCCUAUGGAGGAUGUCAACUGGAGGUGGAUGUCACCCUAUGGAGAUGUUACCUGGAAGUGGAUGUCACCUGGUGGCAGAUGUCACCCCAUGGAGGAUGUCACCUGGUGGUGGAUGUCACCCCAUGGAGGAUGUCACCCUAUGGAGGAUGUCACCUGGAGCUUGAUGUCACCCUAGGGAGGUGGAUGUCACCCUAAGGAGGAUGUCACCCUAUGGAGAUGUUACCUGGAAGCGGAUGUCACCUGGUGGCAGAUGUCACCCCAUGGAGGAUGUCAGUCACCAUCUCGAUGUCACCUGGAGGCAGAUGUCACCCUGCGAUGGAUGUCACCCCAUGGACGAUGUCACCCCAUGGUGGAUGUCACCCCAUGGAGGAUGUCAGUUGCUGGCUCGAUGUCACCUGGAGGAGAAUGUCACCCCAUGGCUCACUGGAUGUCACCCUGUUGGAUGCCACCCGACUGGUUGUCACCCCAUGGCUCAAUGGAUGUCACCCCAUUGGAUGUCACGCCACGGAUGUCACCCCAUUGGACGUCACCCCAUGGCUCAAUGGGUGUCACCCCAUUGGAUGUCACCCCAUUGGAUGUCACCCCAUUAGAUGUCACCCCGUUGGAUGUCACCCUAAUGGGUGUCACCCCAAUGGAUGUCACCCAUUCGGAUGUCACCCCAAUGAGUGUCACCUCACUGGAUGUCACCCCAUUCGAUGUCACCCCAUGGCUCAAUGGAUGUCACCCCAUUUGAUGUCACCCAU